UGGAGUAAACUGACAGAUAAGUAUAUGUGACACAUCACGCAUAUUUUGAUUUAAUCUAAAUAUAUAGACAUUUGAAUUAUUUAAUGAGUGGUGGAUUACGACAAGAAUUUCGAUGACAUUGAAUCUUGAUGAUAAAAUUAUUAUGUUAUGAUUAAAAAGUAUAUAUAGUGUUUCAAUCUGAAAGAUUGUCAAUAUGAUUGAAAUUACGGCAAAACUCGUUCGAGGCCCUGUGUAUUUUUCCGGAGAGAUUGUAGAAUGUUUGGUGACGUUUACUAAUCCUCCGAACCCAAAUCAUCAAAUAUCACAAAGUCACAGUGAUCUAUUCGAGAGCCUUGCAUGGGCGAGUGCACAAGUCCAUUGUCAAUGUACAACGAACAGCAAAAUGGUACUUUCAGAGAAAAUAAAUACUGCAGCUCGCUCAGUAGCAAUUAACGCAAAUACCACCUUUGCACCAUGGCAACAGGACAAUGGACAUGUAGUGCUGAAUACAAAGCCGAAAAUCUUAUGUUGUGAUUUAAGACUGUCACCUGGAGAAAGUAAGACUUAUAUUUAUCGUGAAACAAUACCAAGUGACGCUCCACCUUCAUACAGAGGACAAGCUGUAAAAUAUUCUUAUAAGAUUACAAUUGGAACACAAAGAGUGAAUACAGUUAUAAAAUUGUUACGAGUACCAUUCAGAGUACUUUCUUUAAGUGAAUUACCAGAGAUAACAGCAUGCAAUGAUAGUGUGGAUCUGAGUCCGAACAAUCCAUUUAUGGAAACACAACAUAGGGAAACUCCACUAGAUAUUGCUCUACAAACAUUGCAGAAUUUAACAGCCAGACGCAGUCCAAACUUUUACAAUGUGACAAACGGCCGCGGACGCGUAGUACGAUUUUGCCUCUUUAAGAAUUCCUACAAACUCGGUGAGGACAUUGUUGGAACCUUCGACUUUUCGAAUGCGACUGUAUCCUGCGUUCAGGUAUCCGUGUCUCUACAGUCAGAAGAGCACGUGUCGGAGGAGUACAAACGGGGGAAGAUCGCAACGCCGACAUUGAUCAGCUACAACAAGCAUCACGAAAUGUGUCUCGGUCUCAAGUAUUCACACCUGGUGCUACCGAUACCUUUGCACGUUACGCCAGAUUUUACUACCAAUUUGGUGACACUCAAGUGGCGAUUGCAUUUCGAGUUCGUCACAACGCCGAAACUGAUGGAUAUGCCCAAUGAGAAUACUAUAAGUUGGCAUGGACCGUCGACUCUGGAUGUCGAAACGAUGAUUUGGGAUCUUCCGUUGCACAUUCAUCCGACCACUACUCCACCGAAUAUGCCGCAACAGACGAAAUACAACACCAUCAUAUAGGAAUGCGACUGAACGAUGCGCAGUAUUUUCGAUUGCCUUUGCCGCACACGCGUAAGAAGAUGACGAUAAUACGUGUAAUGCCGCACAUCGUAGACAUGAAUUGCUCUUAUAUAAUUCAGAAUUCGACUACGAGUCCGAAUGCCGGACUUGAAAUAACGUCUCGAUGUCGCGGCAAGACUUUGGAAUCGAAACAGAGUUCUGUCGAAAUAGCGCUCGUGACAUGCAACGGCUUCGAAAGCAUUGAUCAAAGUAAGAACUAAAUUCAUAAAUUGACAUUGUGUAUAUUAAUAAAUUGAUAUAUAAUACAUUCGAUAAAUUAAUUGUUGUACAAAAUAAAUUAAUGUUAAUUGACAUGGACACGAUUAUAAUAAGAUGUUUAAAAUGUCCAUAUUCAAAGUUAAGGAAGGACGUCAGGACAUUUGCAUAGAGACCGAAGCUAUCAAGGUUUCCAACAAUUCAUCGUUCUUAACGUGGCAAAAAGAUAGUCUAUCGAUGGUUCCGAACGAUUCCAAGAAAUUCGCAGAUUUUCCGCAAGUCGAAGAUGAUUGUCGGGAAAUCAUAUGGAAUUCGGAAGAAUUGCGAAACCAGGUGGAGCGC